GAGAGUCUGGCGGCGGUGAGGGGAACUGUGGAGGGUGGUGGUGCUCUGCUGGCCAGACCCUAGGAGGAGUCUGAAGGAUAAUGAAGCCGCUGCCGGGUCCUCCCAGCGCUGUGGGUCCCCGAAGGACAACCGCAAGCAGGCGUUUGGAGUUCCCGGACCGUGGAGGAAGUUCUUGGGGCGAAAGUUUGCCCCAGAGCGGUUGUGCCAUUAGCUAGGAUUGUAGUUUGCAGGCUUAGCAGCCUUUCUGAGUUUCAGUGUGUUUUUGUUUUUUUUUUGUGUGUGUGUGUUUUUUUCCCUCUACCCAUCACAGUGUCUUCCCCGGCUCACGUCACGUCACGGGAGGGGGGGAGACCAAAACCGCAGGACAUCACCUGUUAAGGAUUUAGUGGCUUCAAUAUUUGGAUGAUGUGGACUAUGCUGCAAUCCAAGGACCAAAACAGGACCAUGGAGGGUCACAGAAGAAAGGAGCAUCAAACUGGGAAUCCAGAUCCAUCACUCUAAAAGCAUCUUUGACCAAAUCGGCCGAAAAAUUUGAACAACCAACUCUAAAAUUAAAAGACAUUUGAAGUAUUGCAUUUUCCCUCACAGGUGCUAUGUACAUGCCCACUUUGUAUGUUUGCAUAUCAAACCUACUUGUGUGUGCGAAGGACAUCAUUACUGAAAUAUAGGACAUUUAGAACCUGAUUAAAAUUUUUUUUUGUUAUUGUUGUUGUCUGUUUUUAGUUGUUGUAGCACUGGGUAUCAAACCCAGCACCCCCUACACGGAGCUACGCUCCCAACCUUAGUUCUGAUUCUUGAGUCUCAGUUCUUUUAUUUUUUAAUUUUUUUUAAAAGAGAAUGUCUGUGGUGCACCAUUUGCCACCUGGGUGGUUGCUGGAUCAUCUUUCUUUCAUUAACAAGGUGAACUAUCAACUUCGACAGCAUGAAGAGCCUUCCUGCAGUAAAAAUAAGACGACGUCUUCUGUCUACCCCGACUCUCUUCAGAUGGAUGCCGUGUCUCCUUUUGGAGCUCCUGCUCCUGGCUUUGCUCCUGACUCUGCUAAUUUGCCGGGCAGUGAGGAUGAGGAUGAGGAUGAGGAUGGGGGAAGUUGUGAAACGACUACCCAAAAAUAUGUUUUCCGACCUGAGCUAUUUAAUGUCACCAAACCCUACAUAACUUCAGCCGGUCACAAAGAAUGCCAACAAAGUAACAAAAACGAGAAUUCAGUGACUGGUAAAGAACAGGAAGUCUCCAUUUCCAUUGGGAAGAAGCGUAAAAGAUGUGUGGCUUUCAAUCAAGGUGAAUUGGAUGCCAUGGAAUAUCAUACAAAGAUCAGAGACCUGAUUUUGGAUGGAUCUACACAGUUAAUCCAAGAAGGUCUCAAAAGUGGUUUUCUUUAUCCACUUGUUGGGAAACAGGAUGGAAAUUGUGGUCGCAUCACUUUACCCCUCGAUGCUUGCAAUUUGUCAGAAUUAUGUGAGAUGGCAAAGCAUUUGCCGUCCUUGAGUGAAAGGGAGCUUCAGACACUACGUUUGACGGAAGAUGAUAUGUCUAUUACAGAGCUGGAUCUAUCAUCACAGGUCAUUGAAAACGACUCCAGCUUUUCCAAAAUGAUUACUUUAAUGGGACAGAAAUACCUGCUACCACCCAAAAGCAGCUUUCUUUUGUCCGACAUUUCUUGUAUGCAGCCACUUCUCAACUGUAGUAAGACAUUUGAUGUCAUUGUGAUUGAUCCACCAUGGCAGAACAAAUCGGUUAAAAGAAGUAACAGGUACAGUUGUUUAUCACCACAGCAGAUAAAGCAAAUUCCUGUCCCUAAGCUGGCCGCUGCUGACUGUCUUGUUGUUACUUGGGUGACCAACAGACAGAAGCACCUGUGUUUUGUGAAGGAGGAACUAUAUCCUUCAUGGUCCGUGGAAGUCAUUGCAGAAUGGUACUGGGUAAAAAUCACCCAUUCAGGGGAGUUUGUGUUCCCAUUGGAUUCUCCACACAAAAAGCCUUAUGAAUGUCUUGUACUGGGGAGAGUUCGAGAAAAAACUACUUCAGCAUUAAGGAGCACAGAUGUGCAAGUGUGCCCUGUCCCGGAUCAGAUGCUGAUGGUCAGCGUGCCCUGCGUUCUUCACUCACACAAGCCACCGCUCGCUGAAGUAUUGAAAGACUACAUCAAACCAGGUGGGCAGUGUUUGGAAUUGUUUGCUCGAAAUUUACAGCCAGGUUGGAUGAGUUGGGGCAACGAGGUCCUCAAGUUUCAGCACGUGGAUUAUUUCCUUGCUCUGCAGUCUGGACGCUGACUGUAAAAGUUGGGCUGUGUUUCCCCAGCUCCUUCAGACCCAUUUGUCUUUGUACCAGUCAAUGUGCUUAGAAAUGUACACAGACUUUGUUUUUUCAACAAGUGACUAUCCUUCCGGCAAUUUUGAGAUGAAUUCUACUUCAGUUGCACUCAUAUCCCGCACCAUUCCAGAUUUUCUACGAUUAAAGAGGUAAGCAGUUAGUGGAAAGACCUACCUCUGCUACAAGACGAAUUUGGAAAGCAUGUACUGUGGACUCCAGGUCAUGAACUUGCCUAUGGAUAUUGUUUAUUUGGUGGUGUUAAAAAAUAAAUGGAAGCCUCAUUCCAGAGUCAGAAAGUAUUACCUGAGUCCAGAUGUCUGCACGUGUUUAAACAUCAGACACUCCAGCUCCUUUGGAGCCUGUGUCCUGGCAGCUCAGCUGGGAAGGGCCAUGUGCUCUCCAGUCUCCCAAUGUGCAGUUUCUGCCAUGCUGCAGCCUCUGCUAUAUCAGAAAAAGUGCUGACCAGAUAGUUGGUGUGUGCGUGUGCUGAACAGUUUCCACAGUUUGGGAAUGUUUCCCUUGUAUUUACGGUCACUGUUUAAGCACUCCUUUUUUUUGCCUUUUUCUAGAGGACAACUUAAAGAUAUUUCUUAUAGGAUGUCAAGAAAUAAACACUGCUUAUAUAUAGUUAUGAAAAACUGUUUAGAUUAUAGAUUUUAUACAAAUAAAUAUUUUUCUACCAA